UCUCAUAGGAACGUUAUCACCGACGCACAUAGGAAGUGUUGCGUUGUUUGUGUGUUCGACGGAAGUUUUCUGAUACAAAUCUUGUUUUCCAACGUUAUGGCGUUUUAGUGAGGAAGUUUAGUUACCCCGGGCUGUUAUUAAAGACAUUUUAUCGUGCGAAAAUGCCGAAGGUCGUGUCGAGAAGCGUCGUGUGCUCGGACACCAGAGACCGAGAGGAGUACGACGACGGAGAGAAGCCGCUUCACGUCUACUACUGUCUGUGCGGUCAGAUGGUUUUGGUUCUGGACUGCCAGCUGGAGAAGCUUCCCAUGAGGCCCCGGGACCGAGCCAGGGUGAUCGAUGCGGCCAAACACGCUCACAAGUUCUGCAAUGUGGAGGAGGAGGAGACCGCGUACAUCAAGAGAGCCGAGGGCAUCGAGAGGCAGCACCGCAAGAAGUGCGGCAAGUGCGGCCUGCUGCUCUUCUACCAGCACCAGGAGAAGAACAACCCGGCCACCUUCAUAGUGGACGGAGCCGUGGUUAAGUUCGGACAGGGCUUCGGCAACACCAGCGUGUACAGCCAGAAGCAGCCGGAGGCUCCCAAAAAGGUUCGUGUGAUGAUGACCAAGCGGACCAAAGACAUGGGCAAGUUCAGCUCCGUCACCGUGUCCACCAUCGACGAGGAGGAGGAGGAGAUCGAGGCCCGGGAGGUGGCUGACUCGUACGCCCAAAAUGCCAAGGUGAUCGAGAAGCAGCUGGAGAGGAAAGGGAUGAGCAAGAGGAGGCUACAGGAGCUGGCUGAGCUGGAAGCCAAGAAGGCGAAGAUGAAGGGGACGCUCAUCGAUAAUCAGUUUAAAUAGACGAGACUGAGGGAGACAAACUGAAUGUAAUUCUGUGGAGAUCCUGCAGCUCCUCAGACCUCCUCUUCCACCUGUUGUACACAGGGAGGACAACAUGUUGAGGCGUUAAAACAGGACUUAGUUGCUGCAUGUUGAGAUGGUAAAAUGUUAGACUUUUGAUUUAGUUUGUGAUCUUAUUUUUCCACUAUAAAUUCAACAUGAAAAGACUAAAUAAACAUUUUUUUAAAAAAUCA